UCCCAUCCCGCUCCCAUUUUCAGAUCCCUCCGACAAAAAAACGCAGACUCUCUCUCUCUCCUCCGGACAACACAGAAACACAUUCAAACUUACCUGUGAAGAAGCGGAGCUCUAAGUGUUGCGGGGAUGUCGAAUCGGCACGAUAAAGAGAAAGGUGUAAAUGUUCAGGUUCUUCUUCGUUGCAGACCGUUUAGUGAGGAUGAAUUGAGGAACAAUGCGCCGCAGGUGGUGACCUGCAAUGAUUAUCAGAGAGAGGUGUCAGUUUCGCAGAACAUUGCCGGGAAGCACAUUGAUAGGGUUUUUACAUUUGACAAGGUUUUUGGUCCGUCUGCUCAGCAAAAAGAUCUUUACGAUCAAGCAAUUGUUCCCAUUGUACAUGAAGUUUUAGAAGGUUUCAACUGCACUAUUUUUGCCUAUGGUCAAACUGGUACGGGAAAGACUUAUACUAUGGAGGGUGAUUCUAAGAGGUCAAAGGGUCCACACAAUGGAGAGCUGCCUUCAGGGGCAGGAGUCAUACCUAGAGCAGUAAAGCAAAUUUUUGAUACACUUGAGAGUCAAAAUGCAGAGUACAGUGUGAAAGUGACUUUUCUGGAGUUAUACAAUGAGGAGAUUACUGAUUUGUUAGCUCCUGAGGACUUAUCUAAGGUUGCUUUAGAAGACAGACAGAAAAAACAAUUGCCACUCAUGGAAGAUGGAAAGGGUGGAGUUCUCGUGAGAGGUCUUGAAGAGGAAAUUGUCACUAGUGCCAGUGAGAUAUUCACAUUACUUGAAAGGGGAUCGGCGAAACGUCGAACUGCAGAAACCUUAUUAAAUAAACAGUCAAGUCGGUCACAUUCACUUUUCUCCAUUACUAUACACAUCAAGGAAGCAACUCCUGAAGGAGAAGAACUUAUAAAAUGUGGCAAGCUGAAUUUAGUUGAUUUGGCUGGUUCAGAGAACAUUUCUCGUUCUGGUGCUAGGGAGGGACGUGCAAGAGAAGCUGGAGAAAUAAAUAAAAGUUUACUUACACUAGGACGGGUAAUUAGUGCCCUUGUGGAACACUUGGGGCAUGUCCCCUAUAGGGACAGUAAGCUCACACGACUGCUCCGAGAUUCACUUGGAGGGAGAACAAAGACAUGCAUUAUUGCCACUGUAUCACCUGCUGUUCAUUGUCUUGAAGAGACCCUAAGCACGCUGGAUUAUGCACAUAGGGCAAAGAAUAUAAAGAAUAAGCCUGAGGUAAAUCAAAAAAUGAUGAAGUCAACUCUUAUUAAGGAUCUCUAUGGUGAAAUUGAGCGGCUUAAAUCAGAGGUUUAUGCUGCUCGUGAAAAGAGUGGUGUCUACAUACCGAAAGAGCGAUACUAUCAGGAAGAGAGUGAGAGAAAGGCAAUGGCAGAUCAGAUUGAACAGAUGGGCGUUACACUAGAGAACCAGCAAAAGCAAUUUGAGGAUUUGCAAGGUAAAUAUGAUGCUGAAGCUCAACGGUGCUUUGAUUUGACCAGCAAACUAGAUGCUACUCAGAAAGACUUGAACCAAACCAGUAAGUUGCUGGUCAAUACAGAGGAAGAUCUAAGGCAAUGCCAGUAUGCCCUCAAGGAACGAGACUUUAUAAUAUCCGAACAGAAAAAAGCUGAAAAUGCACUUGCUCAUCAAGCUUGUGUUUUACGUGCUGACUUGGAGAAAGCUCUCCAAGACAAUGCAUCACUCUUUCUUAAAAUUGCUAAAGAGGACCAACUAAAUGCUGACAACAGGUCAGUGGUAAAUGGCUUCCAAUCUGAGCUUGGGAAUCAACUUGAUUGUCUCUCCAAAACAGUGGCCACAUCAAUUUCUCGGCAAAGUGAACAACUCCAUUGUGUUGAAAAUUUUUGUCAUUCUUUCCUUGAAUUACAUGAGAAGUCUAUCUUAGGUUUGAAGAAGAAGGUCAGUGGUUCAAAGGCAUUGUAUAUCUCUCACUUUGAGGCCAUGCAAAAUGUUGUGAGGCUCCACAAGGCUAGCUCUAAUGCUGCACUUGAUGACAUAAAUGCUUUGGUAUCUUCAAAUUCACAGUCCAUUGAUGAAUUUUUAGCUGCAGAGGCUGUUAAAGCAAAUGAAGUUUUUAAUGAUCUACAGAUCACUAUGUCAACUCAUCAAAGUGAAAUGGCAGAUUUCUCUCGAGAGCUUCGCCAGAGAUUUAAAACCAGUACUGAACACCUGACAAAUAUCUCAAAGAACAUUCAAGAGUUAUUUGACAAGUUUAUGGAUGAAUCAAAUAGUCUUGGGGAGCAUGCAACUAAAUUUGAAGAAAAUCAGAUGAAGUCUAUUGCUGAAUUUCAAAAGGCAUUUGAGGAGCAAUCAAAAUCAGACACAGAGAAGCUUAUAGCUGAUAUGAAUUCUCUCGUCUCCAAUCACAUGCGUCGACAGAGAGAGCUGGUGGAUGCAAGGCUGCUGGGUCUCAAAGAAACUGUGACUGAAAAUAAGAUAUUUUUAGAUGAACGUGUUUGCUCAAUGGAGGGUAUUAAUUCAGACACCAAAAGAAAAUGGCAGGAUUUCUUCGUGCAAGCAGGAGAUUACACCAAAGAUAGUGCUGAUUUCUCUGCUGCUAAGCAUUGCCGAAUGGAAAAACUCAUGCAGGAGUGUGUAAGCAAUGCUGAAACAGCUUUGAAGCUGUGGCAAACUACACGUGAAUCUAUUAAUGACAUGGGCAGUCAACAUAUCUCAACAAUGGAUUCACUUGUUAGCAAUAUUGGUGAUGGUAACAACCACCACGCAAUGGACUUUGACUCCACAAGAGAUGCCGCUGAAGAAGACGUGAAAGGAAAUAGUGACAGUAUUAUUCAACUCGUUGAUGGCUUGUCAGAGCAAGAGAAAGGUUGUAUAUCUAAUAUUCUCAGUACUGCAAGUGCACAGUCUGAAACACUAGAUGAACUCCAGAAAGAUCAUUCCAUGCAGUCUACUUCUAUACAGCAGAAGGCAUGUGAAACCUUCCAGCAGAAAUACAUGGAAUACGAGCCAACUGGAAAUACACCAAUAAGGAGCGAGCCUGAUGUUCCAAGCAACGGGAAUAUUGAAUCACUCCGAGCCAUGCCAAUGGAGGUGCUUAUGGAAGAAUUCAGAGAAAACCACUCAUUUGAUGAUUCCUUUAAAGGAAAAGAACAAAAGCCAUCGCUCAUCCCACGGUCUCCUUUCUCACACAUCAACCAGUAGAGUGAGGAGACUUUCAUUCAUUCCUUGGAUGCAGUUCAAGCGUGUGUCUGUAUUUUCCAAAUGUGUUGUAAGUUCAUCAAUUUGAUUGAAUCCCUUCUCGGGAUUUAGGGGAUAGAAUGCCUUUUGUAUAUUGGGGAUCCAUCAACUUGAGAAUGGUUCUUAUAGCAUCACAAUAUAGUUGUAGGAGGGCAUCCGUAUAUGUAUUAGAAGAUUCUGUUACUGGAGAUGAUGUGCAUUUUCUUUCUGGAGCCGUUUAUGUAACAGAAAAAUUUAUUGAUGAAAUGCUAUAUAAAUAUAAUUAUAUUAUGGUGAUC